AUGGUUUCCAGAAAAGAUUCCCAGUUCGGCCAUCUCACCCUCAACACCACGGGCCCCAUCCCAUGCGCUCUCCGGGGCCAGGCCGUCCUCAACACGCCCUACUUCAACAAGGGCUCUGCCUUUCCCGCCCACGAACGCCGCGUAUUCAACCUCACCGGCUUGCUGCCGCAAAACGUCCAAACGCUGCAAGAACAGGCCAAACGAGCCCACGAGCAGUACCUCUCGCAGACGAACGACUUGGCCAGGAAUACGUUUCUGGCCUCGCUGAAGGAGCAGAAUGAGGUGCUGUACUACAAGCUGCUGCAGGAUAAUCUAAAGGCCAUGUUCAGCGUGGUCUACACCCCCACAGAAGGAGAUGCCAUCCAGAACUACUCGCGGCUCUUCAGACGGCCAGAGGGUUGCUUUCUGAACAUUAAUGAUACCGAGAGGGUCUUCCACGACCUAGCAAUGUGGGGGGAGGCAGACGACAUCGACUACAUAGUCGUUACAGACGGGGAGGAGAUCCUAGGAAUAGGCGACCAAGGCGUAGGCGGAGUGCUCAUUUCCGUGGCCAAGCUCGUUCUCGCCACGCUCUGCGCGGGCGUCCACCCCAGUCGCUGCCUGCCCGUCGUGCUGGACUGCGGGACGGACAAUGAGCAUCUGCUCCGCGACGAGCUGUACCUCGGUCUCAGGGAGAAGCGGGUUCGGGGAGAGAGAUACGACGAGUUUGUGGAUUCCUUUGUGCGCGCCGCGAGGACGCUGUACCCGCGGGCGUACAUUCACUUUGAGGACUUUGGGCUGCCUAAUGACACGUACCGUCCCAGAAUGGCGUGCUUCAACGACGACGUCCAGGGGACAGGGUGCGUGACGCUCGCCGCCAUCAUGGCAGGUCUGCACGUGUCGGGGCAGAAACUCGCGGAUUUGAAAAUGGUCGUCUUCGGCGCGGGCAGCGCGGGCAUCGGAAUCGCAGACCAGGUCCGGGACGCCAUUGCCGCAGAGGGCGGCACGUCUCCCGAGGAGGCUUCCCGGCAAAUAUGGCUCAUCGACAGACCUGGCCUUCUCACCACGGAAACAAAAGUUUCCGAUGCCCAGCGGCCCUUUGCCAAAAACGCAGCGGAUUGGGCUGGCCAAAGGACGGACCUGCUCGGCGUCAUCCAGGCCGUCCGCCCCAACGUGCUCAUCGGCACGUCCACCGUGCCUGGGGCGUUCACGCGGGACGUCGUCGCCGAGAUGGCCAGGCACGCGGCCCGGCCCAUCAUUUUCCCCCUCAGCAACCCUACGCGGCUGCACGAACAGACGCCCGAGCACCUUUUGCAAUGGACACGGGGCAAGGCGCUGGUGGCAACGGGCUCGCCGUUCGACCCCGUCCAGGGGCCGUGGGGCGCCGGCGGCGAGCAGGCAACGAUGGAGAUUGCCGAGUGCAACAACUCGGUGGUGUUCCCGGGCAUAGGGCUCGGCUGCGUCCUGUCCAGGGCCCGGCUCCUCACGGACAAGAUGCUCGUCGCGGCGGUGCAGGCCGUCGCCGCCAUGAGCCCGGCGCUCAGGGAUCCCACCGCGCCGCUGCUGCCGGACGUAGGGGACGUGAGGGACGUGAGUCUGCGGGUGGCAAUGGGCGUCGUCAAGGCCGCCGUGGAGGGGGGCGUGGCGACAGAGGACGGCAUACCCUCCGACGACCAUCAGCUGCGCGAAUGGAUCAGGGUCCAGAUGUGGGAGCCGAGGUAUCGCGACUUGGAAAAGGUGGAAAUGGAGGGCGCAGGCCGCGCUGCGAGGGGAGAUCUGAGAAAGGCCGGCACUGUGGAUAGAAUGUCUGACAUGUCAGCCUAG